AUGGAGUAUUCUGAGUACGAGGUAUCAGAAGUGAGUCGUGUCGGAUGGCCCGGAGAGGAUAAGGUGGAUCUCGGCGGCAGCUCCCUGUCAACGCCCGCUUUCCCAGGGAUAUGUACGCGCCGCUCAUACAUGCGCAAUUCGCGUGAUGUGUGCGCGGAUAAAUGCAAGUCGUCGAACGUGACACCUUCCCUGGUCUGCCGUGUUCGGAAGGCGCGGGAUAGCAUCGCCGACGAGUGCACGGAUGAUGGAUGCAACGAGCCGAACAGCAUUACUUCCAUGGCCGUUGACCUGAAGGCGGGGUUUGGUGGUCGCUCUAAUGGCUCGUGUGGUGGGUACCGGACAGCCUCAAAGGGAGGCAACGGAGCUGCCGCCGGUCCUCUGCUCUGCGGCGCCCACAAAUGUAGCGGCAUCCCUUGCAAUAAUGUCCAUCUUGCUCCGGAUGUGCAGUGGCCUCCCGCCAGCAUCGGGGUGCUGCAUGACCUGGAGAACUAUGUCGAGAUCAACUUUGCGGACUAUCGCCCGCUGUACAACCGGAUAGGGCCUGUCAUGUUUCGCACAUCGUUGUCGGAAGGCCUUUAUUCCUCGGCGGCGGAGCUUCGUCUAGCUCCGGAGCUGAACUCGCUUCUGAUAUCUCAGAAUUCUACUCAGCGUAUUGUUUAUAACGCUUUUUGGUUGCCGAAGCAGUUCCCCAAAAUAGCCCUAAAGGUGGCGGUGAAAAGCGUCAGGGACUGCAAUAUGCGAGAUGGUCGAAGCAUCAAGCGUGAGAUUGGUUGCCAUCUGUUCAUUUACCAGAAGCUGGUCGGCGCUUCACGGGAUGCCUGCCGAUCAUCGCCCAUUGUUACCGACGAAUGGCCCACGUCGGAAGUGCUAGGAUACUAUUUGGACAAAAAGAAUCCAGGUGUGUCCGUGCUCAUAACUCGCAAAUUGUUCGGCCCGGACUUUUUCGACAUCAUCCGCUCCGAGUGUUCCCCGCGCUUCGCCACGCGCAACACCCCGCUAUACGAGCUGAACAAGCUGGACUGGUGUAUAAUCGCAAUGGAACGUGUCGCUCAGUUGUCUGACUUGGGAAUUCGCCACAACGACCUGAAGCCCGACAACAUCGUGCUGGACAUGUACGAGUCCGGCGGCGUGAAGCGCGUAGACGUCAAGGUGAUCGACCUUGGCGCCGCGUCCAUGGAACACACCAAGGAAUUCACGGGGGGCACCUCUUGGUACGAGUCUCCCGAGCAGAAGUUGUUGGAAUAUUACACAAAGAAGCACCACAAUACGAAGCGCGCUCAGACCGUUGAAAUAAACCGCACAUCCGACGCUUGGGGACUGGGCCAGUCAGUCAUCGAAGUGCUGCUAGGACGGCGCAUGGUGGACCACAUGCGCCCACCCUUUGGCUCCGGGCCCCCGGAGCUCAUAGACCCUCCUCAGGAGGUCACCGAGGAGAAAGUCGACCGCCUCUGGUGGGAUCGCGACGAGUACUGGACAAUCCCGCCCCGAGUGUGGCUGCAGCACAUCCGGAGUGCACUGCGGAUGGACUCCGCGACGCAGAAGUUUCCCAUCUGUGCCCAGGCGGCACGCUACGUCUUUGACAAUCUAAUGCAGGUUGACCCUCAGCAACGCGCAUCCAUACGGAGCGUCGCAGAGGGCCUACGGCAUCUUGCCAAAUGCGAGAUCGCGAAACACAUCUAA